AUGAGUGUCAAGAACAUUGAAGCCAACCAGGCGCACUUGGAAGACGAGAGUGUCCUCACCAAUGAAUCGAAUAUAAUCAGCACAUUCACUAGAAGGAUAAUAAAGGAAAAAAGCGGUAACUAUCAGGUACUAAAAAGGUCUAUCGAUGGGAAACUAAUCUAUCCUGAAGCUACUGGUAUAUCUUCUAACAGAGGUAACAAACUUUUGCAGAAAAGUGAGGUGGUAACAAGAAGAGACUUGAAUAAUUCUAAGCCCAUUAUUGAGCAGGCUGUCUUUUAUAACGGUUCAGAGCAUCGGCUUCUACAAACAAAUAUCGCAGCCGAUAGUAAAGGUAAUAGAAGACGUAAAAGGAUAAAAUUUACCCCCGAUAUCAACGUCGAGCCAGUCCUGUUUGAUAAUGAAAAGCCAAUCAGUGGGGGAAACGAAGAAGAUGAUAAUAUUACCGAUGAUUACAAUGGCGAUGAAGGUGAAGAUGAUCUAUCAAAAUUGGUGAAUGUAAAGGAAAUUCUUACCCCAAUUCUUUCAUUGGGUGAGGUGAUAAACCGUAAAACAAUUUCAAGGACCUUUUCGAGCCCAAUUUUGAAGGACCUGGCGUUACAAAUAAUAUUAAUGAUCGAAAGGGAACAAAUGUCAGUUGUUAGAUAUUCCCAGUUUUUGGAAGUGUUUUUAGGAGACCAUCCAGAACCAAUUUAUGAAUCUAAUCUGAACCUUCCAUCUUACAAUCACAAUUUGACUUUGACCGAGGACAGAGGAUCGAGUGAGGGGGGUGAUGGCGGUUAUAAAAAUAUUGUUAGCGAAGUUAAUCUGAACAGUGCCAUAACGGCGGAGGAUGAAUGCACCAAUAAUGAAACGGAAGAGACUGCAGAAGAAGAUCCAUUUUUUGCGUUACCGAGAUUAAAACAAUCCAAGGCGCUACUAUCGUUGCUACCAUCAUCUUCCGGUUCUGCCUCUAUUUCAGCGUUGACAGGGGCUGAGCAACAACAAUUGAAUGAUGAAAUUGAAUCUGCUCGACAGUUGUCGCAAAUUGCAUUGCAAAGAAAUAAAGAAUUUAUAAGAAACCUACAAAAAAUAAGAAAAUCAGUAAUAAAAGCCAACAGAAUAAGAGGCAGAAUACUGAAUUGGAGUCGGGAGUUCUUAGGCAUCUCCGACGAUGAUAUUACUAUCCCGGUGGCACUGCGUGUUGUAAAAAGAGGUUUGAUCAGUGCGACAACAAACAAAACAACAAAUUUCGAAGAAGAAAUUGAAAAUACCAUGGAAGACGGUGUGGCGGAUGAUAAUGAACCCGAUGAAGAGGCUAAUAGAGUAUAA